CCUUGUCCCCUGUUUUUCACUUUAGAAUACCUCCCUAAAUCAUACCUUAUGGUAACUCAGGUAGGACAUAACAAUAGCCGUGUUGGGGUGUGGUACUACACUUGACCGUCGUCAUCUUCACCCCCCAAGCUGAGCAUCCACUUUGGUUGUGCCCAGAAUUGUAAAAGUACUAACCUCUCCUUUUGAGGUUACAAAACCCUCGGCGUGUGCUUCCAAGUAUCGGCAUCAGCCAAGUGCUCGCAAUCAUUACAUUUUCAACGAUUAUGACAACGUCCACGACGAUGGAGUGUGGGGAUUUCUUGGAAUUUCAGGAUGCACUCCAAAAAAUGCGACAGAUAGACGACAAAAUAAUCUAUCUUUUGAAUACAACGAUACCAACUGAAUCCUUCAAGGGCCAGGUGGAUGCAACGUCCAAGUGCAAGGACUUAUUUUAUCAGAUUCAAUCUGGUCAUUCCCAAAGAGAGAUCGCCAUUAAAAAGUGUCUCAAUACAAGCCGCGAUAAGGUCAAACAGUUGAAGGACCAGAAGGACAAUGAUCCCAAUAAUAUACUCCUCCUGAAGAAUUUGAGGAAAGAGCAGAAUACUCUGAGAAUGCUAGAAUCGGAAUUGAGUGUCGAGGAAGUAGUCAAGAGCCGCACAACCAAAAUCUACCACGAAAAAUGUCGUAGUUUCUACAAACCGAGUGAAUGAGAGUGGAGCUAGUGAUUCUAUCAUUUUUAGACCGACUUUAACUUGUUUUAUCUGAUUUUGUAGAAAUCAGUUGGGCUGAUUUUUCAAAUAAAAACUCUCAGUAUCAUUUGACUGAGAAUUGUUAAAUAUUUUUGCAGAUUUUUCCUGCAUUUGUCUACAAAAAGUGUGAAGUUUGAGUUGAAGUUGGAGGCGAUAGAAUUCAAUAAAUUGUUAUUAUAUAUUGUAAAUAUAAAUGGAUUUUGAAGAAU